UCUCUUAGAGAGCUUCAACAUAACAUUAUAAAAAAAACAUACAGCUCCUUUUUUUAUUUAUGUAUCUUUUUUCUGGGGUUGCCGGAAAAUCAAGAUUCUGGUACCCUAAAGUAGUUAAAGAAAGCAAUACGAGUAAUAGUGUAUGUAUGUACAUAACGUUCUUUUAACAAAUUGCCGGAAAGUAAAGUAUCAUAAAUGGCGAAAGGUCGAAAACUGACCAUCAGUAUGAGUGAAAGGUAUUUAGGAAGCUAUAGUUACAAUCAUGGAAAUGAAACAGUCAACGAAACAUCGGAAUUGGGAGAAGAUGACGUCUGGUCAACGGUUGAUGACAUGGUCAACGCUGAUGAUCGUUUGUUGAAUGGCUCAAGGAACGCGCGUGAUUCACGCGCCACCAGAGAGAGUAACGGAAGCAUGAGUAGUUUCACGAGCUGCCGCCAAGGUGGAGGCUUAUCAUUGGCUUUUAAUGAUACAGGUAAAGCCACGUCAUCUAUGAUCAUUCAUCAAUUUCGCGGACAAGACAGCGUGGCACAGUCGUCCCCACGUGGACGCCACAUGGCGUCCUCGGCUCCUGUGAAUGUUCCUGAUUGGUCAAAGAUAUAUCGAGUUGACUCGGUUGAGUCAUUCCAUGUCUUGGACGAUGGUGUUGAUGAUCAUGUGUUUGAUAUGGUUCCUCCACAUGAAUACUUGGCUCGUGGAUACGGUAGGGCUCGAAAAUCAAUGACCAAUACCUCAGUAUUUGAAGGCGUGGGGCGGACCUUGAAGGGUCGGGACUUGAGCCGAGUCCGAGAUGCAGUGUGGAGUCAGACCGGGUUCAACGGCUAAAUCAACAACAACAUACACAGUGUAAUUUUACAAAUAAAAUUUAAAAAAAAUUGGAUGAUGUAGACUUUACCCUACCUUAGUGGAGCAGACAUGCUGUCUUGGAAAGGCUAAGUCGAGUCUUCAAUUUACUACCAACUCAGACUGAACGAUUCAUCAAUAAUUGUUGAUAGUUGUUUAUCGGUAAUGUAAUUUUUUGUUUUUGUUUUUGGGCAAUGAUUCAUGCCUGAUGAAUAUAGUUUCAGUGAGUCAACCAAGCUGUGACUGAGCCCAAGUAUGAUUUGAUGUUUUCCUAUUUUAUUUUAAACUAAGUAUUGUUUUUUCUUCUUUUAUGAUGUUCUAUUAAUUAAUCAGAGUGUUUGGAUAAAAGAUAAUGGAGUCCAUCUCUGCAUAAAGUCAGUGAUAAUUACAG